AUGGAGCUGGUGAGGGCCCGCCGAACGUCGGCGCGCGCCCUCGCUUGCAUCGCUUGCAUGCUCCUCGCACCCAGCCACGACGGCGCGUCGGCCUACGUCGUCGUGUCGCGCUGCGACGGCGCGCGCUGCGCGGACGCGCCGAUCGCCUGGGCGCGGAACCCGAAGACGGGGUCCACGGUGGUCGUCGAGGACGUGCUCGGCAUCUUCGCGCCGCGCGCGCGGAAGGCGCCGCUCGUGGACUGCGGCGGCGGGCGCCUCAACAUGACGACGCGCCACGAGGUCGGGUGCGUGGCGCCGUGCCCGCCGCGCGCGCCGCUCGCGCUCGCGCCCUUUGCGACGCGCGCGGACGCGAACGAGACCGCCGCGCUCAUCGGCGCGGAUUUGAGGUUCACGGUCGUCCGCGAGCCGGUGGACCGCUUCGCGAGCGCCUGGGCCUACCUCCAGGCGAGGCACGCGGACGUCUGGGGCCGCGACCGCGUCGACGCGUUCGUCGAGGCGCUCUACGAUGGCGCGGGCGCCGCCGGCCUCACGGCGGCGAACCUCGUCGCCCUGCGCGGGAACCACACGAUCGCCCUCUGGCCCCAGAGCUACUGGGUCGACGCCGUGCUCGCGAACAAGAGCGGCACCGCGGCCCUGAUCUGUUACGACAAGGACGCGCUCGUCGACGACGUCGUCGCGCUCUUCGCGGACGAAUUCGGAUGCGCGCGGACCGCGGCACCGCCGCGCGAAAACGCCACGGCGGAGCCGCCGCGGGAGAACGAGCGCGCGCGCGACGUCGCGCUCGCGCCCGCGACCGAGCGCCGCAUCCGCGCGCUCUACGCGCGCGACGCCUACGUCUGGGAGACGUACUGCGGCGCCAAGGUCGACGGCGACGCGGACGCGGCCGCGGACCUCGUCGACGCGCGGCUCUGCGGCGCGGCGCGGCGGAGAAGGGCCGCCACGUCCGGGCCGCGACGACGUCGGGGCGUGCCGUAA